GGACGAACUCGUGUUUCUUCCGUUCGUCAGCGUUAGGUUUGUGCGUACGCAGCAGCAGUAGGUCAAACAGGAACUUUAUCGAAGCCUGUCCCACAUUAACCAGAAGCAUGUCUUCAAAAUAUCACAAGACUUGUCAUCGCCAGUAAAUAAGAGUGCCUGAAGCCCUGUGGAUGUAUGCCAGGGUUCUGUAUCAACGUCUGGCCAGGUUUUGCCACCCAUCCCUGGCCGUUUACAGGGAGGUAUUCUGGGCACAGCAUCGACAUAGAACCGUGGCUGUUCGUAAUGAGGAGGAGGGGAGAGAUGUGUUACUGUUACCGCAGCGAGCAGAUUGCAAUGUGGGUUACACAUUGCAGUACAACCCUUCCUCAUAUCAAUAUCCCCAGCAUGACUCUGGGACCUCCUUGAGCAGAGUAGAGGUGGAGGAGGAAACCGACCAGACUACCCUCAUCCCUCCCUUCAGACAACAGAUUAACCACUACAGUGUCAGCUCCUCACGUCAUCUGUCUAGCUCCAAGAACACACUGCUAGACCUGGCUUUUAACAGAAACUCUGGUGGUAAGAAGGCAGGAAAUGCUUCUCAAUAUCAGACUGAAGCCCUAACCCCUGAUAUCAAAGGCAACCCACGUGCGUUUCAGAGAUGUCGCCCCGAAUACUCCGCCAUAAGCCUUGACCUCUCCCAGCGACCUCCCCCUAUCCAAUCCAAACAGGCCUUUCUCCUUCUCCACAAAGUUACCAUCCUCAAAGGCAGCAUGGAGCCUUCAAAUGUGACUGACUUCCUCUGUAAACUAGGCCACCUGCACCAUGACCAGACCCCAUUAGUGAGGGGAGACACACGUUUUAUAAUGCUGCUUCGCUAUGCUGUAGAAAACCUGCAAUACUUCACCCAUACCCAGCUACUUGAAGUACUGCAGUCCUUUGUGUGGCUUGGCCUUCCCUCAACGCACAGCAUGCUAGGGCUGUAUGAAACAGAGUUUGCCCUUAGGGCAGGGGAGAUGACUGUCCACCAGCUACUACUAGCUGCAGACCUAUGGCGCAGCCUGAGGAGGUCUGUACCUCAGUACCUGGAGCGCCUUUUCCACUGCAUUAGCCUGAACUUAAAACAGGUUGGUGUACCUGAGCUAGUCCAACUGCUGUAUAUCAUGGGGGAGGGCAGGUGGUGCCCCAAAGAGUUGGUAAAUCCCAUAGAACAGCUCCUGAUAAAAUAUGUGGAAAUGCUAGAGCCCGAGGAGAUAGGUGUGGUGUGCUUGAGUCUCUUUAAGUCCCAGACAUCACUUUCGGUUGGGGCGGUGAAUCGCUUGGUGGAUAAAGCUGUCUCUGUGGUGAAAGACAUGAGCGACUUUGCCCUGGUCAAUGUACUGAAGCUGCUGCGGUUUAGUUACUUGGAUCACAGGGCAUGGCUGGAGGCCAUGGAGCAGGAGGUUCCUUGUCGCACCCCUGGAAUGGGCGUCCAGGGGCUAAUGCAUAUAGCACUGGCCUGCUCAGCCUUGCAUUAUCGCAAUGACCACAUCUUAUUAGCCAUAGCCGAGAGGCUACCGUUCUUGGCGUCACACUGUCGGAGCAAAGAUUCCGCCAAGCUGCUUUGGGCCUUUGGUACUCUGGGAGUUCAGCCCAGCCAAUGCCCCAGUCUGUACCCCAGCCUCAUAGAGGCACUCAGACAAAGAGAGACUGAAUUCCAGCAUUACCCAGAGCACCUCCUGACAGGCCUCCUAGGCCUAGCCUUUGUUUGUAAAUUUCCUGAGGACUUGUUAGUGUUAGCAUUGAGCCCUGAGUUUGUUAGCUUAGCAACCAGAUCCAAGCAGCUGGACCUGAAGAAAGACUUGUUUACAUUAGAUGGUACAGUAGCUCUUGAGUUUCCUCACUGGACUGGGCCCAGAUUGAGUCGACAAUUAAAGGAGGAGGUGAAAGAAAUGCUUUGGAACUUUGCCCAGUCUGACGUUUGUAAAAAAUAUGAAGUUUUAGAGGCCGAGAGUGUUCUAGGAGAAUUACUUGGAGGGGAAGAAUUUGUUAAAAAACGAAUGAUUAUCCCUCACACACGCUCCAUUGACCUCGAAGUCCAUCUUGACUCUACUGGUAAACCUGUGGUCUUGGCAACAAAUAAUCUCACAUCUUCUCUGGAGAGGAGCACACCCUUUUCCAAAUGUUCUGCAGGUUGGGAGAGAAUCAGCACAGGGGUUACACUUACUGAGGACCUCUUGGCUCAACUCACUAACAACAAAAAGAACAAACAACUCAAACCCGCAAAUUUGACACCCCAGAGGUUCCCCUUUCGAAGGAUGAAACCUGAUGAGGGGGGGCGGCUGUUCAGCAUUGACGUGGAGUUGUCCGAUGGCCUCGUAGAGUCUCUUACCAAACCUGGUAGUCCAAGUUCCGCCUCCAGAGACUUGCCCUUGCCUAAAGGGACCCCUGUCAAACUGGCCAUUCAAGUGUCCAACAGGAACCAUUACUGCUACCGCUCCCAGCAGCUGUUGGGACUCCAUACCAUGAAAAGGAGGCAGUUGGAGCUAGUUGGGUACAGGGUGGUUGAACUGCCCCAUUGGGAAUGGUUUCCAUUGCUUAGGAGAAGCCGUGCUGAGAAACUGGCCUAUCUCCACUGCAAGGUCUUCAGUAGACUUGAGUGACCUAGACUGGGAUUACAGUGAACAAAAAGUAGCAAGCGUGCAGUUAUGUAUACUUUGGAACCCUCACUGUAGGGUUAAUUACAUUUGUCCAACAUUCUGGUAUCAGAGCUCCAAUGUUCUGUGUUUCACACAGUUAAGAAUAAUGCUAUGACACAUUUUGAUUAUGGUUAUACUGAAUUUAUUUUGGGUGGGGGGUGUUUGAUGAGUAUACUAUUAUUGGCUAGGUUAACAUGGUUUUGAAUACUCAUAGUGACUGACAGCCAUUGUUCAAUAGUUUGUGUGUACAUGGCAAAUAAGGGUUAAUGUAAUAAUUAACUCUUGGAGAACACAGUACAGUAUAUAACUUGCGGUUGUCAUGCAGUCUUCUUUUUUGUGUCCUAUUGAAUAUGCAACAUGUAAAUAUAAUGACAUAUCACCA